CACUCUGGUUGGUGGUUUUUCUUGUCCACCAUCUUGGUUCCCUCCUUUUUUUUUUUAACAACUUUAUUGAGCUAUUCACAUACCACAGAAUUCACCUACUUCAAGUGUACAGUUAAAUGUUUUGUUUUAACCAUAUUCACAGGAUUGUGCAACCAUUGCAACAAUCUAAUUUUAGAAUAUUUUUGUCCCCCCUGAAAGAAAUCCCAUACCCAUUAGUUGUCACUCCCCAGUUCCCUCCAACCAGGCCCCCAGCUCCUGACAACUGCUCAUCUACUUAUGGUGUCUACAGACUGGCUGAUUCUGGACAUUUCAUGCACAUGGAGUCAUAUAAUGUCUCCUUUUCUCCCUGGCUUCUUUCUCUGAGCAUAAUAUUUUCUGAGUUUGUCUGUGUUAUAGCUUGUUUCUACUUCACUUGCUUUUAUUGCUAAAUAAUAUCCCAUUGUAUAUAUGUGCCACAUUUUACCUAUUUAUCCAUCAGUGGAUGAAAUUCAAGUUCUUUCCCACAUCUGGGCUUUUAUGGAUAAUGCUGCGGUGACCAUUUGUGUAUAAGUCCUAAGUCUUGUUUUAAUCUGUAAGAUUGUCUUCUUUUUUUCUUUUUUUUGUAAUUUAUUCAAUCAGAAAACUGGUUUGUUCAUCUUAAUAGAGUUUCCACAGUAUGGAUAGAUGGUGUUGCUCUUAUCACUUGUGGUGUCAUUUAAUAUUUUCAUGUGCCAUUGGGUUUCCUCUGAAUUAAUAUUGAGAUCUAGAGGCCCAGUCAGAUACAGGCUCAAAUUUUUUUAGCAGGGAUCCUUAAUAGGGGUGUUUUGUUCUUUCAUCAGGAGGCUCACAAUGUCUGGGUGUCAUUUUGUGAUGUUAGUAGGCAGUACCAUUGCCUAGCUCCAUUAAUUCACUAACAGUGAAUUAAUUUCCCAAGAAAUUAAUAUGAAAUCUUUUUUGCAUUAUGGUUUCAAAUUCAUUACUACUUGUGUGUAGAAAAAUGAUGUGUUUGUAAGUAUGUAGUAUAUUUUAACUAGCUACUCUAUUAUACUUUCUUGUAAGUUCUUAUGGUUUCUCAUAAGAGUCUCUAGAACUUUCUAUCUAUUUAUGCCAUAUGCCAAUUAGUGUUUCUGGCAGACCCUCCUUUCUAUUUCUUGCCACAUUGCGUUGGCUAGGACUGCAGAACACCCCAGUCAGCCAUGGCAGUGAGGGAGCCCCUUGCUACAGGAAUCCUUCCAGAGAUGUUUAUGCCCACCCAGACAUGGACGUGCCCUUAUUUCUCUCUGGUGUUACACUUUAGGGACAGUCAGAUCCAUGCCUCCGUUGGUUGUCCUAGAGAUCACACUUAGUCAUGACCUCUGACCACUUACCAUGGGCUCUGCACUCAGGGACCACAGAGGGUGGUCAGCUGUGCUGGAGCUAGCAUCAGCUGAAAAUAAUGCAGCUAUUGGUCUUUUCUAAAUAAAACAUCACGUGCAGAGGAAGUGCCCUAAGGCUGGGCUAGAAUGAGGCCAGGCUAAAAUGAGGUAUAGAGACGGCACGAGGAUGCAGGGGUCCUGACCAGGUCUGUCAGUCACCAUACCUCUGGGUGCUGCCCACAACACUGUCAAAACACUUGUCUGCCUGAGUUUAUUUCCUCCAAGGGUACAUGCUAGCAUGUAGGGUCUGCUCUGGUAAUGCAGAUGCCCAGGCUCUGCCCUUAAGAGGUGAGGCCUCCCUGGGAGAAAGGGUAGUUAUGAGCAGUUUAAGGGUGUUGUCAUUUUUUUAAAGAUGGGGAAGAGGGCUUUCUCCUCUGUUCCCAAGGUUUCCCCCCUUCCUUUUUGAAGCAGAAUUGCAGAGCAGCUCCCAAGGGCAGAAACCCAGCCUGCAAAAAAAGCAGCAGGUUGUGGGAGGUAGGAGAGUUUAGAGGAGACUGAACCAAAGCUGUCCCAGAGGCUCCAGGCACUGGAGAGCACCUUUUUCCUGUCUGCCAAAUGCCAGACUUGUGGAUGGGCCAACAGGACAACUCACCCAGCCUAAAUCUUUUUAACAGUGAAGCAGUGGGAAAAUCAUUUCAAAUUUCUUCUGCCCUUUUUUCGCCUAGUAAAAAAUGAGGCCAUAGAAGAGCUGUACUUGAGGGAUGUCAGUCGUCUCCCCAUAAGCUUCCUGGAUAAGGUGGUAUCUGCCAGGUUUCUCCACUGUCCUUUCUCUUUUCCCCUUUGUGCCAUCAGCACAGGCUGAGCUCACAGCAUUCCAUAAGCACUCACCUGCACCCAGUCCUCUUGGCUCUGUCCAGUAGCCUGUGCAGCCACCACUCUGGUGGCAGAUUGGCAUGUGACACAUGGGCUUCAGUAUGCACAGGAUCUCUGCCAGUAGUGCCAGCUGCUCGCACUGCAUGUGACUGGCACUGACAGAGUGAACGAGAGAGCCACCAGCAGUGGUGAGUCCCAUUGCAAGAACUCCUCUUGUGAUCGUCUGGGAGAGGGGAGAGGUGGGGCUAGCCAGGGAUGCUGGAGGUUUCGGGGAGUCUUUCCAUCCCCCAUACCCAGCCUGAGCUUUGCAGAGAGCAAGCCAGGAGAGUUUGGGUGUUUGGAGAGACAUGGAGGGAUAGUCAGGUGUCAGGAGGGCAGGUGGGUUAAACAGUGAGGGGGCAUGGAGUGAGAGUGGACAUGAGGCCAGAGAGAGACACCCAACCCAGCUGGAGACAUGACUGGCACAUGCCAGCCACAACCUCAGCCACUUAAUGUUCACAGGCCAUCAGGUAGCAUCUGGACAGUUGGUCAGACAACCAAACAGACACACAGGCCCAUGCCCAGACAGACUUCGAGAAAGAUGGACAGAAUCUCAAGGAAAUAACUCCUACCUAGACAGAUAGCCAUGAAAAUGGACAAAUCAUUGGACAGAUGGGCAGAUCCCAGCCACACAUCCAGAUAGACCUGUGACCAUAAAGACAUGUGAAUACCCACCGCCAAUUGGAAGGUAGAUCCCAGCCAAGCAGAAGUCAGAACCCCUCAAGGACAGACCCACUCCCACAAAUGGACAAAGACCUUACCCCAGUGAAGAGACACUCCAGCCAGCCAGCAAGACCUGCAUCUGGGCAGACAGACUUACCCUCCACCAGUAAGAUAGGCCUUGGCCUAUAAGAAAGGCCGUCAGCAGUGUCUCUUGCUGGACAAGCAUCCCACCACACCCCCGCUCAAACAGGUGGACCCUCAGCCCCUAGUUGGACAGCAGAUGCCUAGCUAGCCAGGCAAAGACCCCGGUCACUGGUCAGCCUCCCUGCCUACCACCAUGAAUGACCCAGUGACUGAACCCUCAGUGUUGCCACUGCUUCCAGGUACCACCCAGUCUCCAGUGGCCAUCAACCUCAGGUGACUUGCACUACCACCACAGUCUGCAGAGACCGUCCAUGAUCCCUUCGUGCUCCAGUACCCACUAGCCUACAAUGACUGCCAUUAGCAACCACCAGUACUCAAGGACUUGGCCUCCGUAUUUUCUCACAGCUCACUGACACUUCUGUAUUCUGCUCUUCUGAGUCUCCAAGAACCCAUGUCCAUUCACAAAACCUCAAUGAGUCCACUGACACUCAAGGUCGUGCACUGACUAGGAGCAGUGUACUUCCUUAGUGACUUCCCUGACUCUUCUGACCCUUCACCUAUUAACACUACAGAUCCCAAUGGCUCCUCAGUUACUUUCACUGACACCCUUGCCCCAUGAACAUCUAGGGGACUCUGGCUGACCACCAGUGACUUAACUGUCACCAUCCAUCCUCAGUGGUCACUACUGACUUUCCCUCCCAAGAACCCUCAAAGAUGAAACUGGUAAAUGAUAAGCCCUGAUUCUAUAGUGACUCCCCCAACAAGAGCUCCACUAUGAAGGAAACACCCACAUCGUUUAUCCACACUGACCCACUGAGCUGUCAACCAUGUAAGCCAGGGUCAAAUUAUAUCCUGCAGGCCUCAAAAAGAAUAUUUUGUGGUACAUGAAAAUUAAAUGAGAUUCUAAUUUCAGUGUCCAUAAAUAGUUUUAUUGGAAUACAGCUACACACAUUUGUUUAUAUGUUACCUGUUUAUGGCUGUGUUCAUGCUGCCACCUCUCCCAGUUAAGUAGGUGGGACAGAGGCCAGAGACAGCAAUGCCAAAUCCACUUCCUAUCUAGCCCAUCCCUGACUGAAACACUCUGAUGACCCCUAAUGAGUUAAAUUGUCAACCUGAUAUUAGUGAUAAAGCACACACCCAGUCCCCAGUGUUACCUUUCAACACUUCAGCCUCCUGGAACUGUUCACUGACGCUGCCUCUGGCGUCGCCCGUCGAAAUUCUUCCAUGGCCUCGGUGAGGGGCACUAACCCAUCUAUGCAGACCUGUACUUGAUGGGACCCUAGGUGCCAGUCCACUGGCUCCAGCCUGCCCUCCGUGACCUUGGGGGCUAGGACAGCAGCUCUUCUCUGACCUGCAGAUUUUCUGAUGAUGGUGUGGAGACGGAAAAAAAAAAAGAGAGAAGCUCUUUAACAGCGUUGAGAACACUUUCCCCCUAGACCCCCCUUCCAGCGCCUCAGUUCUGUCUCCCAACAGGUUUAUUCUUGUGGAGCUCCUCAAAUUACCAUUGAUCCUGGCGCCCUCAGCGCCACGGAAAAAGAACCUCCGGAAACAACAGAUCCAGAAGUUCCGCUCCCAUGCGGUCUUUCCCAUGUCACGGGCGACCAGGCGUAAAUUUUCCCCGCGGCUAGCUCUCCCCCAAUUCCCAUGGACCCGGCUGGAGCGCAUAGCGCGGGAUGCCCCUACCCGGGGCCCCUGGGCAGGAGGAGCAGGCCGAUCUCGGCGACCGUCCCCACUGACCGUUCUCCCCAACACACACCAAUCCCCCAACUUGUCCCGCGGUCGGACCCCGACGCAGCCUGGCGGCACCUGGAGACUAACCCAGGGCGCGGAUCCCAAAUUAGGGGUGGGUCCAAAAGGGAGGAAGUGUCCGCAGGACUGUGCGGACUCAACCCGCAGGCGCGGCAGCCAAAGAAAAAAAAGAAACACGGAAGAGCCAGCGGAGACUGACUUAUGCCCAGCCCCCAGGACCGCGCGCUCCGACAGCCCCAGCGUCCGGAGCACCCAGGACGGGCGUAAUGCCAUUGGCUUAGGGACGGCCGCUGCGUGCUUCCACUGGCUGGCUACGACGUGGGCGGAGUCUCCUCGCGGGCCGCUGCCUCCGCAGUGUCUACACUGGCUGGGGAUGCUGAGCGCUGAGGCUGGACGGCACCUCGCAGGCUUGCGGCGCCAUGAGCCGCAGCGUGGACGGGCGCGGAGCUUCCUGGAGCAGCUAGAGGCGCGGGUCGGCCGGGAGGGCGCGAUCCUCGCCAGCGAGUUCUGCGCAAAAGAGAAGUGGCUGAAUGCAGACAUGAUGCUCAGGACCCUCAAGUUCACAUUCCAGAAGGAAUGCCGUUCUGUGUACCAGCUGCAGUAUAUGUUGCCAGACCAUGGGGUCCCCAGCAGUCCUGAUCACAUACUGGCCAUGGUGGAGGAAGCCCGUCACCUCCAGGGAUCUGGCCUUGGCCCCCUCUGUGUCCACUGCAGAUUUAGGGAAUGGGCUUCGCCAGGGUCUGGUGAGGCAGAGGGGACAGGGUGGGGAGGAAGGCGGAGAGUGCAGGGCCUGGGGCCAGUCUUGCAGCCUGAAUGCCUAUUUUGAGACGCCAU